AAACAGUUUUGGUGUGGCGUGCGCCAAGUACGGACGUGGUAUGCACGAAGCUUAGGCAAAUAUUAUAUUGUGUGGGCACAAACACUGAGAAGUGAAAUUGUUGGAGGAGAAACUAGUUGGUGUCUUAAGAGUAAUGAAGCUCAUCUGUGUGUGCGUACCUUUCCCCGCCGUAGGCAACUUCAAUCGUGUGCGUGAGAUUUGUAACCUAAAUCGACUGUUUAGAUUGGUCUGUAUAUUUCGCAGACUUGUAGAACUCGUUUCUUCACAUUAAACCUGUUCCUAAUACGUCAUCUAGUUUAUUCGUAUAACGUUUUGGAGCUAUGCCAGUCAGUUAUAUGAACCAUUCAAUACAACAGUAGCAUUCGUCUUGGAAAUCUACGUUUUGUCUAUUUAUGUUUAAUUCCGUCCAUCUGUGUGUUAGAAGAUUACAUAUUUUCGCCAAUUUUAAUGGUUAAAGAUAAAUGCUGUCACCUGUCAUGUUUGUAAGAUAAACGUGAUAAAGAAACUACUGUAUUUUGCAGAGUAGGAGUGUUCAUUCUCUCUGUGAACGUGAGAAGAUGAAGGGCUUGUACGUGGAGUGAUUCAUCCGGCUUUCGUAACAGAGUAUGUACGUGUGUGUGUGUGCUUUCGGAACUGGGAUUAUUGUGUUUAAAAUGAAGGCUUAUCAUGUAGCGGCGUUCAACCAAAUAUAGUGUUGUCAUAUGUGUUAUCUAAACUCCGUAUAGAAUAGCGUUGCCCACCUGUAUUGUUGGCCGUUUUUAAGUAGGACUCGAGUGUGUUAUAUUUCAUUAAAGGAAUUGAUAUUUUAGUAUGGGAUAUCUGGAUUUUGUUUUCCCACAUAAACAGAAGGGUGUUAGUAAGUGGACAGUGUAAUUACUUAAUAAAAUAUCACCUAGUAGUGAUUCAGACAUGAAAAGAACCGCGUGGUCAGAAGGUUAAGUUGCGUUGGAGCCAGUAACACUCGCUCAGAGACGAAAUGCGAAAGUGGGUCACGGUGAGUAUGAUGUUGACCACGGAUGUCACAGACAGUAUGGGACGCGGUAAUGUGUUGCUUCGCCAUCGCUGAGGAGCAGGGACUGCUGCUGUUUCUUCAAGGUUAUAUAUUGAAACUCGCGGCAUUAUCUUAGCGGUACUGAGGAAGGAAAUACAAACAGAACUGCAGGCAACAAAAUAUUAAUACAGUACGUGCAGAAGUUGCAGGCAAAGCGUGUGUCGUGUGUGUGGUUAUGUGCAGACGAUACGGUUCAGAGGGUAUGUUAAUGCAGUUCAGAAACGAUUUUCAAAAUCGAAUUGGAAUUACGGAACUAUAACGAAUAUUAAGACGCGUCAACACCCGAACUCUAAAAAUCAGGUUAUGUGUCUUCACAGUGUGCAUCCUGUUAAGGUUAGCCAUCAACGUAGCAAAUUAUUUGAUGAUCAAUCAAUAUUACUCAGAUUGGAUUUUAUUUUACCUGCUACAUGUUUCAGUCCUCAUGGGAUUGUGUGUCUUUUGUAUGACUUAAUGUUACGUGAAAAUACAUAAAUCCAUUCAGUGGCGUAUGACUGACAUGUGUUCACUAAUAUAUUGUGGCCAGAAAUAUAUUUACUAACACAAACGAGGAAUGAUAAGCCUGUAUUCAAAGUUAGUUCGUUGUGAGAUAAAUGUUUAAUAUAAAAUAUCAGAUAUUAAUUAACUAAGACUUGUUAUGUCGUAAACUCUGAGUUGACUGCUGUGCACAGUAGCCCAUACUAAGAACACUUCAGCCCUGAAGACAAUGAGUGUACUUGCUUUCUGGCCGACUGCCGACUCUUUCUAACUGAUGUAUCUUAACUUUCUUGGCCUCUCGCUGGAUGUAGAACAUCAUCUGCUACGUUAACAGCGUGUUUCUUCUGCGUGUGUUCCUCCACAUGUGUGUGUGGACAGCAUCUGGUUACACUUGGCGCCCAAGCGCUCUGUAGAUCUCGGGUAAGAAUAGAUUGUGACAAGGAGGAAGGCCCGCAUGAAGCCCACCUUGGCGAAGGCACAAGGAUUUGGACGGUGCAGUUCGAACUUGAGAUGAGCCCAACUGCUUCUUGAACGGAAACGAACUUCUACUGCUUGGGAUACAACUAACUGGGAACUGCACUCAAGGAUCACCACAAUGUAUUUGAUGCAGACGGUGAGCGCAACACAGCGGGCUCGACCUCUGGAACCCCUGGAACAAAGUGCCGUCAUGGAGACAACCCCCACGCUACAAGUGCGAACGAAUAGCGGCGAGGACUUGAGUGACGGCUGUAGGUCGCCAGUUGCUCCAGGACCUGCCACUGUUCGCAACAGAGAGAAGGAAGCUGCGGAAAAGAAGAAGAAGAAGUGGUCACUGGGAGGUUUGUUUCGGAGACGUAAGAAGGAUAUCAGUUCAGAAAGUAGUUCGCAGGAUGAGGAAGAGGAACAAGUACCACGGAAGGGUUUUCUUGCCCGCCGUCGUUCUCGUAGAGAAAAGAGGAAAUCUCGAAUUAACAGAACAGUUGGCACUUUUGAUCACAUUGUUGUGAACCCUUUGACUCAGAACCUAAAGUCGCCUGUUCGUACUGAAGGUGGCAGUGCGAUACACGACGUGAAUGGAUGUGUUGGGGAUACUAAUGCCAAUACGUUGCUGAGGGUGAAUGAGUGUCAGCAUCACGAUGAUGGGCGGAGAAGCCGAAGUAGAGAGCCUCUACAAGGUGGCAGUAUUGAUAGGUUGUCUUCACGCUCAAGUCGCGAUUCGUACCAGCACCACCUCCGGCAAGACUCCAGCCUGUCCCGUAACAGCAGUGGUGGAUCGGGUUCUUUUGAACAGGGCUGUGGUUUUCGACGGGGAAGACGUGACGCUGUUAAAGCGAGAGCCGAAGCACUUCGGGAUCGUCAGAGAGCAGAGUCGAGUUCUGGGGAUGACGAGUUUUCCACAAGUUCGGCUUUGUCGCGGUUUAAGAGUGAUGACGCUUUGUCUGUAUCCCAUCAAAGGGACGGAUCUUUGAACAGGAGAUCCCGAGUAGCAAGAACUGAACGUUAUAUUAAACGCUUAUCACGGGACGAAGACGGUCUCAUGAAAAGUGAUGUUAGAGAAAAUGAAUUCCAAAGACAGCAGAGACUUUGUAAAUCUGACGCAGAAGGAAAUCUUAGAUCUUCUAUCAACAGAAACAGAGGUAUUUCCAGCGGUACCAGAUGGGCAGCUGUUACUGCUGCUUAUCAAGAAUCUUGUGAUCUUGAGCAUCCCAAGUUGCUUAUGAGGGCAUCUUCGGCUACGCCAAGUCCAGGACAUAGUCCACUAGUUAGACCGAAAAAUAUUUUGCAUUACACGAAGUCUGCCCCUCCUUGCCCUCAGGUAGGAUAUAGUGCAUCAACAUCAACGUUUCCUCCCCCUCAUAGUAUUCAUUACGCCACACCAGUUACUACCAAUAGCUUGGAUCGAAAGACUGCACAGCACUGCGUACGUGCUCUCGGGGCUUCACCUUUAUUACCAUCGAAUACAAGCUCAGAGUCUCUUCUGACUGUAGAAAUACCUCGUGCCCGCAUUAGUGACUACAGGCAAAUCAAGCCAAACUUCGAAUACGGAAUGGGUGGGAGAAGUGACAGAGAAUAUAUCGAACUCCAAAACCCAGGACAGCGAAGCUUGUCGUAUGAUAGCUACAUUAAUCGUGUUAUGCCCAAGUAUGGUUCAGGCCCUGGUGGUCCUUGCCCUACACGCGAGUCAAAGGAAGUGGUGAUGCAGUUCCCAGGUUCGAGACUACAACCGUCGCGGAGUUUGGAGUGUAGAAGUGGCAGUUCUGGGUUUGUAGCUGUGAAGCAUGGUCCCCCGCCCCCACCCCCGCGUGACCCUCAGCGCCGGUUACUGUGUCCUCCGUCUUGUCAGCAGGACCAAUCGAGACCUACGUCAUUUGCAUGUGAUGGCAAUAACCAUAACCGUUUCCAACUGCAGCAAGAGUACCAGCAACAGACUGAUCUCAACACUGCUGGCGUGUCACCAUUCGCCAUUCCACACAUGGUUCACAAAGCCUGCGGUGAUUCAACCGGUUGUGAUACGCCUUGGACUCCGAACUGCCAGAGACGUUGUAGCUCGGACAACCAGCUAGCCACACUUCAUUUCGGCCAUCAGCCUCAUAUUUUGCGUACUCAUGCAUAUAAUCCCAUCGGUCGUCCUCUGCAGUCAUCAGGCACUCCUGAAUCAGUUAUCCCUGUAUCGUAUCAACAGCAAUACAGUGCAAAUGGGAAUAAGUUCGUUUUAAGAACUACACCUCCUGAUACCUAUAGUUCCUCCCCUAAGCAGUCUGUAGCUAUGGGGCAACAACAACAACAGUUUCAGUAUUUCGCUGAUCAACACCCUAGAAGCAGAAGGCCAAUCCACAUACAGUUUAAUAGUGCUGUUUCUGGUAGUGAUCAGCCGUAUUUGAGUGAUUCACAAGUUGUGUUAAUGAAACCACCUCAUCAGCAUCAAGAUAAGCGUCACCCUAUGCAACACGCCACGGAGUUCUGGCGCCAGAAAGAUCAGGAAGGUGUAAUAAAGCAAAGAAAAUCAUUGGUCAUUUCACCAAGAUUGCCUCUUCAUCAUACAAGCAGAAACGAUCGUUCCAGGUCUAACAGCCCUAGACGGAAGGAACUUCCUAUAGGUCAGGUGACAAAUUCCAGUUCAUCACCCCAUAUAGCAAAGUCUUCGAAAAUUAGGGUUCCACCCCUUUCAAUACCUGCAGUGCGCCCUGCAGAUUCUCUUAGCUCAUUGAGUGGCCAUUCUGAUAUAUCCAGUCCAAUGCAAAUUAGUUCGUCUGGUCAGUUCUCGCCAGAUGUUGCUGUGCAUGAGAACUAUGAAUCCUCCGGUGGAAUGGAUAGUUCGAGAAGAAAAGAAAGCUCGGGCACUCACCGCCCCCUUUCUAUGGUUCUCGAGAAAUCAGAAACUCCAGAUCAGCUGCAUCGCCAUGAACCAACAGAAGAGGUUCCUUUAUUGAAAAUUGUAGAACAUGAUCAACAGCAACAAUCUGUCUCUGACUCAGUAACGACAGUGCCACCAGUGCCACCUGCCCGUAGAUACUCUCGCCAGAGUUCCGCAUCUAGUAUUGAAGCCGCUGACUGGAUGUCUGAAGAUGCUGGAACGUCAGAAGAAGGUCACAAGAAAAAGAGGAAGUCUAGUAAUCUGGAAGACGCCCUCACAGAAUUGGAAGCCAUUUAUAAGAGCUUGAAACUGGGUGAUGAGGAUCUUCUGGACCGUGCUGAAAGAAGAGAUCUGCCGGUUGCGCACCAGAAACUUGGCGGUGGUACGUCUGAGAUGGCCCAGCCAUUGUCAUCUUCUUGGGGUGCAUCACGUGGAGCAGAGUCCGACUCCGGAUACAAUUUUAGUUGGGGAUCAUCCUCUUUUGAAUCUGUUUUCGACGGCAGGGAUCCACCACAGAGGAAACGUGCUCCCUCUAUACGACGGUCAGGUAUUCCUGAUAAAGUAAUGGAUGACAUGGCAUAUCGUCGUCUUCAUCCAAAAGACCGGCCUGGUUCUCAAGAUAUCCGAAGCCUUGUGUCCCAAGCAGGUAGUUAUCUCGUUGCAUCUCCUGCCGCAGCUGCUGCUGUGAUAAAUCCGGGGGACCUGCCUCAGAAGCCUCUGUAUGCUUCAACAAGCCAAGAACCUGAUGUAACAUUAGAUGAUGUGGUGUUCAGAAACAUUCGUCACGUUAACAACACACUCAAAGUCCCAGAUCCACAACCACCGUUCGGAAUACCGCUUGGUCCCAUUACCCCUGCACCCAAUACUGACUAUCUCCAUGUAAUCCCCAUUGACAAUUAUCGUUCAAUGUUCAAACCCAGGCGGAUACCAGAUAUUGUGAAAGACGAUUUGGCUUAUCGUAAUUUAAGAAAAGACUCUCAGAAAGAACCUUCUUUUAAUUUGCGCAAGAUUGCUGCUGAUAUGAGCAGUAUUUUGAACAAAACAUUAACCCCUAGUUCUCAUUCGAAAAAUGACAAUUUCUCCAUGAGGAAAAGAAGAGCUGUGAGAUCUCUUUCGGCUAAUAUACACAGCCUUGUGAAGAGAGAGCCCUUCAUGCUUUCAUCCAGAGAUAAUGAACACGAUUUUGAAAAAGCUCAAAGUCUGUCGGAUCUCCCUGACGCUUUGCAGGUGGCACAGAGAAUUUUAGAAGGAAAGGAGGUAAUUGGCGGUGGUUCUGUUAAAGUUCGUAACCUAACAACAGGAUCAUGUAGUGAACGUUCUGUUGAUAAAGAUAUUUUACCAUUGACACAAGAAAGUCGCCGUUUGUGCCGUUCGCCAGGCAGUAGCUGGGCUGAGCGUGCCUCCCUCUCAGACUAUGGUGACAGAUCGUCUUUCUUCGCUAAUACAAGCACGGAAACACUUACCGACAGUAGGCCCAAUCUCCUGCAGCAGGAUCCAGGGUCAGAUAAAAGGCACAGCUGGCAGCAGAGACUCAGGGUGUUUAUUCCAUCAAGUACAGUCAGUGACAGUAAUGAAGAUAACUUUGUUCCGUGUGAUAUAACUUCCGCACAGAGACCACCACCCCCGCCAACUCCCGAAAGGAAUUCUAGUCUUUUAUUAUCAGAAUGCAAUAAAGCAGAUAUUCAUCAGAGACCACCACUUCCUCCUACCCCUGAAAGAAGUUCGUCGCGACGCCCGUCAUUAGAUCAGAAUAAAGUUAUGUCCACACUUACUCAGAUGUCACCAUCUGUAACACCUGACAGGGAAAGUCCUCGGCAACCACAAGACCACAGCCGAGCGUAUGCCUCUAAAACGGACGAAUCUGCGAUUCCGGCUUCUGUUCUUGAUAAACGUUCCGCUCGUAACUCGCUUGACUUGAGGUCUAGCAAAUCUUUAUCUCCAAUGGACUCGUCAUUGCCCAUCCCAGAGGCAGUUCCAGGAUCUCCUAUAAAUGAAAGACAACUUGAGGAGCUUCUAUCAGCUCUAGCUCGAGAAGCUAAAGCGACUAGUGAGAAACUGGAACGUGAACUCGAGGAACUACAGGGAAAUUCUCAGCAAGGGACCGACACUGCAGAACAACCAGUGCUAGAGAAAGAUCAUCAGUUGACUGAAGGACAAAGACCUGAGUGUCAAGUAGGGAAGAAACUCUCACAAACUGGUGAGGAGAAGUACGAACUCCAAGAACAGAAGUCGGUAAUACUACAAGGAGAAUGUAAAUUGGAAAACCAAAAGAUUGGAGAUCAGAAGUCACAGCCUCAGAUGGAAGUACAGCAAGAGCAGGAGAAACAGUCAAACCAGGAGUCACAAGAACGUGAGAGAGGACAGAUAAGUGAAGGCUCCAAACAGUAUGGAUCGGUCUCGAAAUCUCAGUGUACGGGGAAGAAAGAUAAUGUUUUGAGGGAAAUGGUUAAAGGAAGCGAUAAACCAUCUCCAUUGUGCCAUACGCAGGUUGAGAGUUCAAGUACGAUUACUCAGUCUACAGAGAAGCGCGUUACGAAAGAGAGUCUUCACAUAGAAGAAUCGCCGUGUGACAAGAAAUUCGAACAAACCCCGAGUAACUUAAGUGAAGAUACCGAUGCGGCAGGCAAAGAACAGAGGUCAGACAUUGUCCCUAACAUCGUUGACUCCGGCCGAGAUGCACAUCAUGAAGUGCCGCGUGGUAAUGCUGACACAUCGAAGGAAAACACAGGUCAUUGCGAUGAGACAGAUUCGUCGAAUAAUACUGCAAGCCGGUGUGAUGACUCUGAUGCCUCUUUCAAAACUGCGAGGGUGGAGUCAAGUAGCCCGUCACUGAAUCAUGACCACGAAGGGGACACAGGUGAAGUCACGGAGCCACAACAAAGAAGCACCGCAGCUAAUGAACCUGUAGAAACGAAUGCGAAUGCGCAGUUUUCAGAAUCUCUUGAAGAACAAAUUUCCAAAAGUGCCGAAACUCAGGACCUCAGUCUGUCAGCAUCUGAGCUCGAGUGCGGUGUUCAGUGCGCAAAGGUUGCCGCCGCCAGCGGUGAUGUUGAAGUUUCUAAUGAACUCGAUAAUUCAGCUGCAGAACGCCAGAUGUCGAAGAGUUGCGCAGAAGGUGAGACGUUAGGAGCAUCAGCAUCGCCUUCUGCAGCAGCAGCAGCCGGAUCAUCAGUAACAAGUGGCAGUGAUGGUGUGGCUGAUCGUUUGAGAGUUAUUGGCAUCAAAAUUGGGAGCGGAGACCGUAUUGUGCGUGUGGGGCAAUGCGACGACCAGGUCAAACUCCACUUCAGGACAGCACAUCAGCAGUCAGCGAGCAGUGGAUGUUGCACAGACAUGCAGAGUGACCGAAGGACGUCCACGUCGAAGGUCCUGGCCCUCGAUGGUAUAGCGACGUCCGCUUCGCUUGAUGGCGCCGUGGAAACACAGCGCCAACGUGCUGAGCGGAUGGCGCGGUACAAAGAGCAGCGUCGACAGCAGUUGGCGUCUCAGUAUGGUUCUCGAGACGAUGGUGGAAGCUUCCCCGUUACACCACAACGUCGUUUCAUUACGCGCAGCGCGACCUCAACACCUGUGAGGAAUGGAGAAGACAGAAGUGGCAGCGGCAGUAGCAGCAACUCUGAGCAGCCGUCACCAUCCAGUAUCCCGAGAGUACGCACAACUAGGGCUUCGCGGUUGCGGGCCGCAGUCACAGCUGCAGAAAAUAAUGCUCAAACUGGUAAGGAUACUUCCGUGGUUCCAACUCGAAAUGGCAAGAAUACAGGAACUGCUUCCCGUAGUGUUGUCGCCAAGGAAUGUGUUCUUCAGCCUCUUCUGCACUCUCUGAGUGCAAAAGACUUAAUUAAGGAUUCUUCAGGACUUUCUCCUAGAAAAGGCAAUAGUUUGUCCUUGGCACAGUCUCAGGGUGGCAAGGAUCUCAGGGAUUUGUCAGAAUCGUCACUUAAAUCAAGGGACGGUCGAGAUGCUACAAGAUUUUGUCUGACACGAUCUCAUAGCGGAAAGGAAAUACUUAGGGACCUAAGUCUGUCGCCCAGAUCUCAUAGUUCCAAGGACUCAGGGUCAAUUCUUUCUCGCUCUCAGAGUGGCAAGGAACUUGGUUCAUCUGCGCUUUCAGCUAGACAUCAGUCAGGGACAGAAAUAUCUGGAUCAUCACCACGACCUGUGAGUGGGAGAGAGCUUAAUGAUGGAGGGAGCCCUUUUCGUUCUCUCCUGGGUUCUGCCACGAGGGCUGGAGUGACCGACAGACUGACGUUGACUCCCAGCACUGGGACGACAGGAUCCUCAGAUAAGGAGCAGAGCCCAGCAGCGGUGUGUUCCUCUGAUGGCGUGGCCUCUUCCCCACGGCGGGAGAAGGAUAAGAGUUCGAAACGCAAGUCGAACCUCAACCGGUCCCUCACGGCCGAGGAGGUCAUCUGUAAUGACAGCGCGUUGCUGGGAGAAGACCGUAGCGUCGUUCGUCGACGGCGACGACGUGUGGAUUCACCGUACGAUGGCAGCGGCGUAUCCUUGCACAGUUUGGAUUCAGGGUUGAACCAGAAAGCAGCAUUAGAGCCUGUACACUCCACCAAGCCUCGUCAGCCUUCCCCUAUCAAGAUUUCAGCGAAAGUGGCGCCGGACUGUAACAGCCAGUUUCUUCGUCCAAGUGGCAGUGGUGCCCCCAACAUCUCGGGCGAUGAGCGGAAACAGUCUCCCCCAAGCCGAGCUAUCCUUCGGCUCACUGCCGUCUCUGGCACACAUUUCCUGCAGGCUAGGAGAGGUACCAGUCCUGGAACGCCGUCUAGCAAGGAAUCCAUGAGGCUUGAGAUGAGGAAGAGUCCCCCGCUACCUGUUGCUUUCCCCUCAAGAAGCAAGGCCGCGGGGAGGGAGGAGACGCCACCACCAUCAAAGCUGAAAUCGAACGCUUCCCUGAGUGUAUACAGUGGUAGCAGUGGUGUUCUGCCAGAGGCAAGAUCGGACAAAGUGUCUCAGAAAGUAGAUAGAUUGAUGGCCCUCACAAGAGAGACAGUGGCGCGUCUUGACAAACUGACUUUCAGUUCCCCAGCUUCUUCGAAAGCUUGUGAUGGUAUGGACAGUACAGGCACCAGCUCAGUCCAAACAUCUAUAGAAACUUCUCAGCAUGAAAGUGGCCUUGUAGAAUGUUUAUCCAUUCAUAAGACUGUCAACAAGAGUGAUAUUUACCAUAGUACGGAUUUGACAGUGAAAAAGACACACAGCCCAAGUACUGGGGUCGAUAGUUUCAAUCUGUUAGACAGCCUGCACUCUCCAGUUAAUGUAGAUUCCUCAGAUUUGUCUCCACUGGAUAAUGGUUCUGGUGAAAUUUGUGCUAGACCAUGGGUUGGUUCUCCAAGCAAGCAGCCAUCAUCAAUAUUAAAAAAGAAAUCCAUUGAUGAGCCGUACCCACUGCCAGUUUCAUCAAGUGCUCCACAGCAGAUGCCAGUUUCGAUUCUAAAACGUAAGACAUCGCAGGAUGAAGCUGGAUCUGUCAGUGGAGGGAGCUCGGCAUAUCCUCCUCCAGUAACAUUCUCGCCAUCUGUUCUUGAGCAGACAGGAAGUAAUGGUAAACGACAGGGUAUCUUAAAGAAGAGAAGCAGUCUUGAUGAGUCGGAAGUGCUGCGGAGAAGAAGUUGUUCCCCAGAUGUGGCAGGAUUGGAUCCUGACUCUUUGUCAGAAUUUCGUCCUAUCCUAAAGAAUCAACGUAGGUCAUCUAUGCAGGAGUUAGUUCGCAGAACCCAGUCACCCGACCCCCAUCCACAGUCAAUUUUGAAAAGAAGAGCAAGUCCUGAUGAUGAGGUUGAGGAGCGAACAUCCUGCUCGCCUGAACCUCAGGGAAUUCUAAAACGAAAAUCUGCUACAAGCAGCAACAGCAGUAGUAGCAGCACAUCACCCCAUGUCUCUAUAGCUGCUUCUGUUAUCAUGAAUGUAGCAGCAGGAAUGGACCCAAUACCUGAUAUGUUACAGCUCGACGGUUCUACGGAACACGUUCGUCCUAUACUAAAGAAGAAAAGCAGCUCUGAAGAUAAUACCACAGCUGAUUCGUCUUCAACUGAAGCACCGAAGCCAAUACUGAAAAAAAAAACUAGUAUUGAAGUUGAUGAUCUCGAGGAAAGACCUAUGAAACCAAUACUGAAGUCCUCAAGAAAAUCGUUGCAAGAAGAGCAGACGGGUCGGGAAGCUUCAUCAAUGGAUUCUCCUGUGAGGUGUCUCAUCCUGAGGAGUCGCAGUGCUGGAGGCUCUGACUCAGCAUCUGGUUCUGACUGUGAAGUAGUGAGACCCAUUCUGAAGCAACCUGGCAGUGAUAGAUCAUCACGGGAGAGGUCUGUAUCUCCCCGACAUAGAUUGUCAUUCUCUGAUGAUUCGGAACAGCAUGUAGUUAGAGUUGAAAAGCGUGAUUCUGUGGGGUCUGGGAUAGGAAGCAGCGAAUCCAGAAAUGGUAGUCCUAGUAGGGAAGGAGUAAUCCAUAGGAGGAGGCUGAAACAGUCGUCUGUACCUAAAACAAAUCCUCCUUCAUCCAUUGACAAUGAACUGAGUGCCAUCUUAAGUAAAAGGCGAUCAUUUGAAGUUCCAGCAGAAGUGGAUUCAGAAUCCCUUCAUCAGAGACGGUCACCAGUUGUGAUGGAGAUAAUACAUGGCCAGCCACGCCCAGUAUCUGUGGCUGAGCGAGUUCUGACUAUGGAGAACUUCUUGUCACAGGAGAUUGGCAGUGCUAGACAGACUGGUGCGGUACCCAAGAAACCCGGUUCACAGAGAGCUUCCAGAGACAGGGAGAGAUUUCAUACUCAGCCUAUCACUCUCCAUGAGCUCAAUGCAUCAGCAAGGCUAGAAUCUGUGCGCGCCUUCCAGAAUGGACUUCGCAACAAGAAGCCGUCACCAGAUAACGGAGACGAACAGACUCAGAGCGCCGUCGAUGUGUGUGUAGACGUUGCUGCAGACAACUCAACGAGUGAACCGCAUACUUCUCCAGACGUAGACAGGGACAGACAUCCGAUCUGGGUAGUGCGCGACAGAGAUGAGUGUGGUGAUUGUGUAAGCAUUACGUCUCUUCCUCCGUCACCGAAGGCGAAUCAGAAUUCACCUCGUAAGUCAUUGUCUCCUGAUUUGAUCAUGAGUAAGGAAGCUGCAAGUCGCCGAGCUGAGCAGGACGCGAGGGAAACCGGCCGUGUUGAGGAUUCAGAUGGUCUCCUUGAGUUGCGAAAGAGCAACAGCGUCGUGGCUAGGGUGUCAAUGUUUGCACAGUUGGAAGAAGACAUGAAGAAGGCUGCUAAAGAAGCGAAAGCUACGAAGUUACCCAAGGGGACGUCGAAUAGGUAUGCGGCGCGCCGUGAGCACGUGUCACAGUCCUUCACCAGGUUCGCCACCCAGCCCGUCACUGUGGAUGAAGUCCAAGAGGCUGUGAGAAGUGCCAUCAGUCGUGACGUCAGCACCACUGUGACAGAAAGAAAACAGAAGCCUGACGGCGAUGACGAGGAAGAACCGUCCCAGUUGAGUUUGGCGGAUCGAGUCAGGUUGUUCAACCAGAAGAUCCGGGAUGAUGCGAAAGCGCCUGUUGUGAAGGAGCCGGCGCCAACUAGGAAGCGGUUGACGCAGACGGCGCGCUUCAAGACGCAGCCCGUCACCACGGAAGAAGUGGAGACUGCUGCCCGGAGGAUCUCGCCUCUGGCCGCCAGCCUUGCAAAACCUCCUGAUCCGGAAGUAUUAGGUGGAAUAUCAGUGAGAGCUGCUCAAGAGAAAAUGUAUGAACACGCGUCUGCCAUACUGGCAAAGUCUAGCUCAGCAUCUUGGCUGUUUCGUGAAAGGCAUCUGGGUGUUGACAGCAGAGCUCACAUCAGUGGACAAGCAGAUACUGAUGUGAAACCAAAAGGAAUCCUGAAGAAUGCCAGAGACUCUGAGUCCCAUGCCAGAUCAUCAUCUCAGACUGAAGUGGCUGCUUCAUCAGAUGCAGAGGCUGAAUCAGAAAGUGAAGUAAGAGGUAUUUUGAAAACUAGUGGUACACCAGUUGCGUCAGGUGCAGGGACACCCGAACUGGAAAGCUUCCGUCAUUUAAAGAGUGUUCUUAAGAAGGAAACAGCAAGUGAAAUUCAUGAAAACCAAGCCAAUGAAGAUCCUAUGGUUUCAGCUACUAAUGAGGAUCUCCAUUCAAUCCUCAAGCCUGAAUCAUCAGAGUGGGAUGAGUCUUCAUCUCAUAGCUCAGAUUCAUCUGAAAGCAAUGUGCCAUCUCGUCCUCACUCAGUUCCUGCCAGAAACACUCUUGACCUUGUUAGUAUUCUCCAUGGGGUUGAAGCUAAUGCACGGAAGCAACGUCAGGCCUUAACAGGAUCUCCAAACAACAGACCUCUAUGUCCCAGUAGUAAUGAUGAAAAGAUUUUGAAUCUUAGAAACUUGAGAAAUGAGAAGGAGAAUCAUCAGGGAGGUAAGGAAACUACACCUCCUGAAAAUAGGAAUGUGGAUGGUAGUUACAGCCCUUUGAAGAGGGACAUGGGCAUUGAAGAUCGUGUUAAGAAGCAGACAGAACUUGCUUUGGACAACAAGACACUUGUCAACCAGAGAAAGCUGCAGUCCAAACUGUUAAUGGAGGAUUUGAACAUGAUAGGGUUUCAGGCACAGUAUGAACAAAAGGACAGGAGGAAUCAGACCUUUAGCACCUCAAAAGUUGUAGAGUCCCGCAUUAUUGAUCAUAAAUCUCUUGUCAACCAGAAAAAGUUGGAAUCAAAGAAACAUGUGGAUGAGUUGAUCAGUAGCAGGAAGAAUGUGGUGGAGCAUUCCCAGCUCAAGAAAACGCACCUAACUCCAGAAGAGGAGGAGGCUGCUCAUUACGAGAGACAGUUGCACCGCCAAAUAGAGGAACUGCAGCGUUUGUCUGCGUCACCCACACCGCCAACAUCAGAUGGUGAAACAUCGUCUUCAGGAGGACGCGAGGUUCGCCGCAUCAUUCGAAAUGAAGCAGUGGCCCGGAGGAGACAAGCAGCAUUGGCUAAGCAACACCGACAAGUGAAGAGUAUCAGGUCAGAUGCUGCACCAAACCAACAGCAACUGUCACUUCAGAAGAGUGUGAGCCAACCGUCUGUACCUGCGGUUGUGUCGGCUAUCGACGAGAGCCAUCUGACAUCCAGAAGGUACCUGCACCCCUCCACAGCGGCGUCGGGUGAGGAGGAAGGUUUUGUGAGAGGUGGGAUACAUCGUAGCGCAACACAGCCUCUCACCGAACAAGAAUUUCGCGACGUUGAUGGAAAAGAAGUAAUGAGCGGUGCCAGUAUUGCAGAGAGAUUAGCUGCACUUCAGAAGAGUGGUCAUACAGACUGGAAAAAGCGUGUGUUAAAGCUGAACCCAGAAGAUGACCUUACGGUCAUCUGUAGCACAGCUGAAAUCAACCAUCAUCAUAUCAACCAUGAAAUACAAAUCACCGCAGACGAUAAGACACUGCGCGUAACAGAAGAAUUAGCAACGGGCAGCGGGAGUAUCUUAGCGGAUCGGCUCGGCAAAUUAGACGCCGCCACGCAAGGAUGGAAGAAACGCGUGGGCCCAACCGAUGCCGUCCAGUUUUCCGUGGCCGGCCGGAUGAUGAUGGAGCAUGCGGGGAGUCCACCGCUGACAUGCGCCGGCGACGUAACGUUGACACCAACAGUGCCUUCUUCACCGCCGUCGCAGCUCCUGGGACACGCGUCCGCAGAGAGGAAACGGAGGACGCCCCGAGCGGAAAGGUUCAGAAGUAAAGCCACAUUGUACAAGGAAGUAUCAUCAACUCCAACAUCUCCUCAAAAAGAGACACUUAUUCCUUUCAAGCGCAGCAUAUCUGCACCGGGAGGGGAAGAUGAUGCAGAUUUGUCAGUUGAUCGGGAUGAUUCACUGUGUGGCUCCAAGGUGACUGUCCCCCGGUUGGAUGAUGAGACGUUCACGUCAUUCUUCAGCAGCAGUAUCUCAUUAACAUCGAAGUCUGAGGGCCCAGAACGGCUGGAUGUCUGUGAUGAAGACUUGGACCAGGUUGUCAGCCAUUCCAGAAAAUUGUUGGUACAGAAGCGCACUGUCAGAGUACACCGUAAGGCCAUGUCAUCCCGCAAUCCCAUUAAGGCAUUGGCAGCCCGUACAGACUUGCAGGAUGAGUAUAUUGAAUCAUGGACAGGAGUCGCAGAGAAGGAGCUGAAGAGGCUGAAGGUUGAGAAGUUGGCAAAGAACUCGCCUCUUGCUCUAGAGGCUUUAGCUGGCCUGGCGAGCACAGAGGACUUCACGGCUGUCUCACUUAAGAAAGCCGCUUCACCAUCAAAUGGUAACAUGUUGCCAUACAAGGAUUUGAUGCUGUUGCAAGUGAAGGGACGCCGACAUGUUCAGACAAGAUUGGUUGAGCCAGUAGCAAGCAGUAUUAAUAGUGGGGACAAUUAUGUGCUUGUCACUCCUACAGAGGUGUAUAACUAUGUUGGUCGAUAUUCCAAUGUAAUUGAACGUUCACGAGGUGCUGAAGUGGCCAUGAACGUUCACCAGAGGAGGGAUCUGGGUUGUAUAAACUCUGAACAGGUGAUCACUAUCUUGGAGGAGAAAGUGACUUGUUCCAGCUCUCAGGUUGAAAAAUUCUGGGAGCUCCUAGGCGGAACUGGUCCAGCCUCAGGGGCAGGUCAUCCUGAUGAAGAUGAGUUGUUUGAAUCGGCCAUCAUCACCACGAACAUGGUAUAUGAGGUCCAAGACAGUGAACUUGUUCCAAUAAUGGAAUAUUGGGGAGCCAUUCCCAAAAUAGAGAUGCUGGACCCCAGUAAGAUCCUGGUGUUUGACUUUGGCUCAGAGUUAUAUGUGUGGAAUGGUAAGAAUGCGCCUCUGGACAGACGUCGAGUGGCAGUGGGCCUGGCCCGGGAGCUCUGGAAUGAGGGUUAUGACUAUUCAGAAUGCGAUGUGUGUCCUCUCACUGCUGUGUCUAUACUGGGAAGGUGUGAUGUGACUGAAGUCAGCAACAAAGCAACAACCCGUCCAGACUGGGCACUUCUUGCCAAGGUGACCCAGCACAUGGAGACAGUUCUUUUUAGGGAGAAGUUCCUCGACUGGCCUGACUUCUCACGUGUAAUCAGAACCAAGAAUGGAGAGGAUGAGGAGAAACAUGUGGAUGCUAGCAUUGAUAUUAAGCCAUGUGAAGUACAACUCAUGUUGGAACCCAACUCUACUGAUCCAGACCUAGAAUUGGAAGGAAGUCAUGUUGGACGUGGCUCCCACUAUUAUGAUGCUGAGACUCAUCGUCAUUAUGAAGUCACAACACUCGGUGUUUCUGUUUGGCACAUUGUUGAGUAUGAGCACACACAGCUCCCAGCGUCAUCUGUAGGACAGUUUCACAAGGGAGACAGCUAUGUGGUGCGCUGGCUUUAUACCAUCACUGUCACAGGACGAGAGUUGAGUGGACAACCAUCACGUCACUCAGUGUUGGGCCGAGACCGGUGUGCUUACUUCUGCUGGCAGGGUGAGGAAGCUUCGCUGAAUGAGCAGGGUGCAGCUGCCCUCUUGACAGUGGAGCUGGACCGGGAGAGAGGCCCCCAGGUGCGAGUGGUUCAGGGCAUGGAGCCCCCAGCAUUCCUUGCUCUGUUUAAGGGGCGUAUGGUUGUACAUUCAGGCAGGAGAGAAGAAGAUGGGGAAACUCAACAGACUUAUGGCACUUGGCGAUUGUACAUAAGCCGAGGGGAGCUGCUGCAGGAAGGCGUCCUUGUCGAGGUGCCCUGUUCUGUCCGCCAGCUGCGAAGCAGAGCAUCAUUAGUGCUGCUGAAUGCUGCCAUGGGUGCCAUAUUUGUUUGGCAUGGCGCAAAGUCGCAGCCCCACUCUUGCAAGAUUGCAUUGUCAGCAGCACAGCAACUUGCGGCAGACAGGCCAACAGAAAUUGGGUUUGCUCCAGAUGUUGAGAUCGAUAUUCAAGAACUCCAUGAGGGAAAGGAGUGCAGCAAGUUCUUCCGAGCACUUGGUGGAGCUAACAGGCACUUGUAUGUUUCUCUACUGGACAAUCCAAAGUCAUUCAACAGAACUCCACGUCUGUUUCAUCUGAGCAGUGUGUCAGGCACGUUCUGCUGCAGUGAGGCCCUGGGUCCAUAUCGCAGCUUGGAAACCAUUACAUCUUUCCCAUUCCUUCAGUCAGAUUUAUAUUCUUCUAGUCAGCCAGCCCUGUUCCUGAUGGAUAACAACGCAGGAAAUGAAUUGUGGCUCUGGCAAGGCUGGUGGCCUGAUCAUAAGGGGGAGGAGACUGAAGGGAGUGAUGCACGUGGUUCAGGUGCGGUGCGAUGGCAAGCUGAACGGCGUGCUGCUAUGCAGACUGCAUUGGACUAUUGGCAUUCACAACGUGAGACCAAGGAGUCUCCAGCUGCUUACUUGGUGUGGGCAGGAUUGGAGCCUCUGCAGUUUACCAACCUGUUUCCUAUCUGGACAGACAGAGAUGACAUAGCAGAGCUCAAUAUAAGGGACGGACGGAAACCUGGCGAAAUUCUUAAAGUCGAGGAGGAACUGGCUAGACUGACUUGUUCAACAUAUCCUGUGGCACAGCUGCUGCAGAGACCUCUACCUGAUGGAGUGGAUCCUACUCGUCUGGAAGUGUAUCUUGACCCACAGCAUUUUCAGGAAGUGCUUGGCAUGUCUAAAGAAGAAUUCUUGGAGCUGCCUACAUGGAAACAAACUAACAUCAAGAAGGCAGUAGGCCUUUUUUGAUUACUGGCCUACAGGCUUAUGAAGAGGGGCAUGACAAACCUUUCACAAAGCGUUUAUCUUUCCAUGUUCAUGAUGGAUAAGCCAUGUACUUCAUGGGAAUCAUGUAGAAAAGUAUUCCUUUCAUUCACCAUGCAAAUGACAACCAGAGAGCUUAAUUUUAUUACAUGAAUUUUGAUACGUACAUAUACAAAUAAGAAUUGAAAGUAUGCAUUUCAUGUAGGUGUAGACAAUUCUGAACCUUAAAAUGCUUGUAUGUCUUACUGUUCACUGAAUGUGCCCAUUUUAAUUAACAUUCUCAUAAAAAUUGGCUGUGGGUGAAAUUUUAGUGGGAGAAUAUGUGCAGUGUCUGAAGUAUUUGUUUUCAUGUUUUCUGACACACUCGUCUUUUUUAAGAUUUCGGUAUUCACAUUGUGCUUGGAAUAUGAUGGCCUCUUAUUGAUGUCCAACACAGUGGUCUGAAUCAAAAUCGGUUAACCUAUUUUCCACGGCUUUGCUCAAUGACACAGAUGACUCGCUCAGAGUUGUACUGGCCGUGCAAUAACGCAUGCUAAUUUUAUUUUGUUAUUCAGUGAUCUGAGACUGAUAAAAUUCAUUCUCCUAAUAUGAAUCUGGGGUAGUCAGAUUGUCUUAUAUCGAGUUUUGUGCACAGUAAUUGGAAGCUGGGUGGAGUAGUGCACAUGUUCAGUUUGUUCCUAUUCAGAUGUGUGAAGCACAGGGAAAGCUAUGGUGUAAUUUACAGUGUAUAAUAAUAUGUGGAUAUCAUAGUACUCUGUCUACUGACUGAUAAGUAAACCAGCAGUGGUAUGGUGGAAACACGUUGCUGAUAAUGUAUGUUUAUGCGUGUGUGAAAGAGGCAGUGGAGACCUUAUGUCACAUAACUAAGUUCUGGUGUUUAACCCUUUGAAGCACAGAUUUCUUCUAAAUAUUUAACAAUUCAGUUCCUACUCCACAUGAAACACACUGUGUGUCCACUGCAAAGACCAACCAGUUAAGGUUGUUCGGGGAAACAGUUUUCUACUAUGAGAGUUUAUAGGAAAAACAUACAGACCCUAUUCAGAAUACAUAAAUUUUUAAUAUUAAAGCAGGUCGUAUGUGUAGUAACCACUGUGCUUUAAAGGGUUAAGGCUGAGUGUUAGACCUGUGCCUUUCACACAGAAUUAUGGUAUUUAUCUAGUAAAAAUCAAACACAUUGACAGGAACCAACUGAUGUUGGUAGCUGUAAAUCUUCUAGUCCCUUGACGUGACUUAAACAAUGUUGUGUUCCAGUUACAUUAACUAUGUGUAAAAAUAUCAGUUUUGAGAAGUGUGAUUACCGCCAGCGUUGCCUUACGAAAAUAUGCUUCCUUUUGCUAUACUUCCUGACUUUUUAAGUAUUUUGUGUAUAUAAUGACCUAUUUGUAUGAUAAGCGGGUUUAGUUGACAAGCAAGUAUAUAUUUGAAAAAAUAUUGAUGCCAAAUUGUAACUUACUUUCCUUGUAUAUUAAUAUUUUCAGAAUAUACGGGACAGAGAACCACUUUUAAAGCCUUACCAGAUGUACAUUUUCAAUGUGGCCUGGCUGUUUCAACAGGCAAUGAAUACUUCACCUCUUAAACAUUACUGAACUCUUAACUAAGGGCAUGGUGACUUAAAGGUAAGGAGAUGCUGCUGGCACAGACCGCUGCUCUCCAGUUUAAAAAUCAUGUCACUACUAUAUCAUGAAGCUGUGAAUAUUAACAAGUGUAGAUAUUGUGGCAGAAUUGUAUAUCACUCUUUCUUAUUUUUUGUACAUAACGUUUCCAUUUGUAUAACUAAAAUAAUUAAGUUAUGCUUAAUAAGUUAAUAAAAUUAAAAUGUAAUUUUCA